AUGUCAGACCCCCCCAACAACACCCAAACCACGUUUAGUGGCGGCGACCCUCCUGCCGACAAUAAUUAUACCGACAAUAAUAAUGAACAGACUAAUAUUAAUGAUAUGCAAAAAAUUAUUGCUGUUGAACUGAAGGAGAAAGAAAGUUCUCAUUCCAGAGGACCUCAUUCUCAUGAAGCUCAUCACAUCAAACCCUCGACAAAAAUCCAAAAAAAUAAUGAAAAACCAGACUCCCAUAAAAAAAUUGAAACUAUCCACAAAAAGCUUGAAUCGAAUGAUAAGCAUAAUGCUUCUUCAAACCACGAAACCCCCGUUGAAACCCCUAUUGUGAAUGUUGGUCCAACCUUGAACCCUACCUUUGACUCUUCACCAGAUGGUGGUGAUGUGGAAAUUGACGCAACACCAUCACGUGACAUGGAUGUUCUCAUGCCGGAUGCAAAUCCAUUUGGUGAUAAUUCUGAAGCCUGGGAAUACAUCUUAAAACUUAAGGAUGUAUUUCUGGUUGAAUUGUCUAUUGUUAAAGAAGACUUGAGUAUUACAAUUGAAGAUUGGGAAAUAAAAUUUCAAAAUCUUGAACUUAAAAACAAUGAGUUAGCUAAACAACUCAUUGCUUUGACCGAAAAGCUUAAAGCUUCAGAAGGACAAGUGAAUUCUCUUCGCUCAGAACUUGAUGUUUUGAGAAACAAUCAGGUUCACACAGAAGUUAAACAUGUAAUGUUUGAAAAACUUAAAAAGGAAGUUAAGGAUAAUAAGGAUCAUUGCGAUAAAGUGAAACAUAAAGCUGAUGAAAUAGCUAAGAUGACUCUUCAAGAUUUGUCUCAAGAAAAAGCAAGAAACAAAAGAAUUAUCGACACUGAAAUCAAGGAAUUCAAAGAAAUGACCAACAAUCUUGAGAAAAGAGUUGAUAAUAUGGAAUACAAACUACGCAAAAAGGAAAUCAAGAGUGCGGUAAGAAAAGUCGACACUUUGCCUUUUGCUUUGACCCCUAAAACUCCAAAUGGAGCAACUCCAAAGUUGAAAGACAUUAUGAAGGCUCAAAAACAACACCGUGAAACUAAAGUUGAUGAAGACAAACCCACUUUUAGAGUGUGCAUAAGAAUUCCAGAUACCAUGAAAAGAGUUAAUAUCCCUGCGAUUGGAAAGAAAAUUGAUGCGGUUGCACAAAAGCCGGUGGCUCAGGAAAUAGGCUAUACUGUCAAAGGGCAUUUAUAUGUUCAACUUAAUGACAAAGAUUUUGCUGAUAAAGCUGCAGAAUGGAUCCCCAAAGUUGACCCUACUUAUUCAGUGCUUGACACAGAUUCUUGGUACAAGGCUGUACUUCAGGAAAUACCUAAUACGGCAUCGAUUGAAGACUUGAAAGAAACUCUCUACAAUUUUAAUGAUUACCAUAUUGUUUUGAAUACCGAACCCAAAAUCAUUAGCAGAAACCAAUUUACCCAAACAGCAUUGGUUUCAUUCAGAAAUGCCCAAGACUAUGCAAAGUGUGCUGAUAAUCUUAUUAUCCAGUACACAAAAGUUAAAGUUAGACCUUUUAUUAGCAGAAAAAAAACUCCUGAAGAACUCCAAGCUAUGCGUAAUAAGAUACGAUUAUUGAAAAAUGAAUCAGACAAAAAGGAUAAUGAGGCCCAUCCUGUUUCCACUGACGACUCACAAGAUGAACCGAUGAAAGAAACAAAUAUUGAAAAACUAGAUGAAUCCAAUGAGGAAGAAAACGAAAACAAUUCUAUUACAUCCAAUGAAUUAUAA